UCCAAGAUGGCGACGACCAUGCAACUUUUAGGCUGGCGGGCAGUAACUCGGCAAUUUUUAGUUAGAACAAAUUCUCAAAGUCUCUGCAGAAGGAAUGCUCAAAGAAUCCAAUGGCAAUCAACGGAGACUCAAAAAGCAAACGAUUCACAGUCGUCAGAACAGACGGGCAGUCAAGCGGCUGGAGAAGGGGUGAGCGCAUCGGAGAAGAAGCUCCUAGAAGAGAACAAGAAACUUCAAACGCAGAUUGGUGAAGUCACAGAUAAGUACAAGAGAGCGCUCGCUGAAACAGAAAAUGUCCGGACAAGAUACAAGCGCCAGCUGGAUGAUAGCAAGCUGUACUCGAUACAGGGUUUCUGUAAAGAUCUACUAGAGGUGUCGGACGUCUUGGAUAUAGCAACUAAAAGUGUCCCAGAUGAGGAGCUUAAAGGUGGCAACAAACAUCUGAAGAGUCUGUACCAGGGUCUGCAGAUGACAGGAACGCAGUUACAGACGGUAUUUAAAAAACACAACCUCCACAGAAUCGACCCACCUGGAGAGAAAUUUGACCCUAACCUCCAUGAAGCUCUGUUUGAAGUUCCUGCUGCGGAAGGCAAGAACCCCGGAGAGGUUGCAGUGGUCACUAAGGUCGGCUACAGGCUCCAUAAUCGGACUUUAAGACCGGCACUGGUCGGUGUAGUAAAAACAUCAUAAUGCGGUGGAGACUUGUAAUCAGGGAACGACAUUUUGUGGAUCUAGCCACGAGGAAACCAAGGAGUUCUGAUCAUGAAAGGUGCUGCAGAUUUGGAGGGGCUGUCAACAUUUCUACAUUCAGGACAAGUUAACAGAGAGGGGCAAGUAGGAUAUGAAACUUCGCAUGGUGGAAAUACGAUAUGGAAAGGUUUGUGGUAACACCAUGUAAUGACUAUCUCAGAGCAUACCUUAAACUUAAACUUAACUUAAAUGCAUUUACAAAGUGCUUUAACACUGUUUCAAAGCGCUGAACAGCAUACUGAUCGGCAUACAUCAGCAUACUGAUCAAAAUGUCGAGUUGAAACCAAUGUUUCUUUUCAGAAACAGGGGCAAGUUCGAUCAGCGACCAGUUUGUCAAUAACCUGUCAAUGUUUCAUUGUAACCUUUGCAUUUUAUAAAUACAUCCUGGGUACGGAGCAAAAUUGCUCAAUGGUCGACCGCUCGUCAACUGUAGUCCUUUGAUUGAACUUGCUACAUGAUAAUCCUUUAGAGACCAUAGCGGCCGGAAAUGGCUUGUACCAAAAUGCCCAAAGCAGUCCAGAAACGGCUGCAAGAUCUGACCUAUUUCCACUCAACCAAAAAGGUCAAAGUAAAUGUCAUGACCUGAAUUGACAUUUUCGCAUGUAUUCCAUGUUAGCAUAGUAUCUUUCUUUCUGAUGAAAAAAAUCUUUGUUUUGAUACCUUUUUAGACACUUUUACAAGAAGUUGUCUCAAAAAAAUCAACAAUAAAUCCAUGUUUGGGUAUAUGGUGAUGUUAAGACAAAAUGUUAUGGCGUCUAAAGGGUUAAACACUAGACUGUAUAACAUAAUGUUUUCUUAAACCUACUUUGUGUAAAUAUCGACUUGUAGUGGAGUCACCUGUGUCAAGUUGGAGUCACUUGGUCCAAGUCACAAGUACCUAAAAAAGUAGAAUUCUUGGACCGACUUUUUUAAAAGACAGGAUCACUAUUGAUCGCAAACCAAAUGUCGUGGAAAUGACAAAAUAAGACACUUUUAGUUAAAACUGCCUAAUUGCAUACGCUUGAACAUAAAAACCACGUGGUGUGGUUAUGGAAAGAGAUUUUACAUGUGCCGGGUACUUGUUAUUCCAAAAAAUUGAAUCUCAGAAGCAAUACUGGCAGAAAGGUUUCUCAGAUUGUGUAUUAUUUCCAUUUGCAGAUUAUUCUUCCUGCAUGGACAUAACUGCUCCAGCCGUCGA